AUGCCGAUCCAUCCGCCUCCCCGGGUCUUGUUCUUCGACGUGUUUGGCACCGUCGUCGAGUGGCGUCUCCGAGUCACCUCGGCACUGCAAGAGGCCGCCGAACAAAGCCUCAACGAUCCCCAGCGACAGCUCUCACCGGACGUGCGCGCUCGCGUUUCCUCUAUGACCGCACAGGACUGGCAGGCACUCGCGGAAGACUGGCGUCGAUCCUACGGGCGAUUCACGCGCAGCUUCGACCCCUCGCAGGCCUUCAUCUCGGUCGACCAGCACCACUACGAAGCGCUGCACAAGCUCCUGCACGACCGACAGAUCGAGACCCUCUUCACGGACGACGAGAGACGGGAACUCACGCUAGCUUGGCACCGUCUGGAACCGUGGUCGGACAGCGCGCGCGGCCUGGCGUUGCUGAACCGGCAAUUCCGCACCUGCACGCUCUCCAACGGUAACGUUGCGCUGCUUGAAGACCUGAAAGGGCACGGCGGUCUGCCUUUCACCGACGUCGCCAGCGCCGAGAACUUCGGGGCGUACAAGCCCUCGCCCCUGGUGUAUCGCGGGGCGGCGCAGCGCUUCGGUCUCGACCCCGCGGAAUGUGCCAUGGUGGCGGCCCAUCUGGGUGAUCUGAAAGGGGCCAAGGCCUGCGGUUUCCAGACGAUCUACGUUGAGCGAUCGCAGGAGGAGGUCUUGGAUCCGGAUCAGGCGCGGAGGGAGGGAUAUGUGGAUUUGUGGAUUGACAUCCAGUCUGAGGGACUGGUUGAGGCUGCGAGGCAACUGGGUAUUCCUACCGACUGA